CUGAGGGAUGUGAAGGGAGUAUUGCCUGAUGAUACCAUGUUUUCACCUAUAGGAAAUCUAUUCAUAGGGCUCUCUGUAAAUUCCGUCGUAGGGAUUCAUCUGCUGCCUCCCUUUACAGAUCGACAUUAUACUCCUCUACCAUUACCUCUGCUUUUAUGUUUCAGUACUGUUUUGGUUGUCUGCUACUUGAUGAUUAGUGGACGAGUAUCUAUGGGGGAGAAGUCCAGACAGAAGACAUGUAUAAUCACUGCUGCAGUUAUUCUAUUUUUAUUUUCACUUUUACCUAUCUGGCAUAUGGAUUAUUUUAGCAGCAGUAGAUGGCCACUCCAGUAUUCCUUCUCCUGCACUUUAAAUGGCAAUAACCCCAUCAACGCCUCACAUCUGGAUCACCUGCAGGAAGUGAAGCUUUACAGGAUGAUAUACGACAAGCCUAAUGCCCUCGUACCGCAGAGAACUGAUGUUGCUAUGAUAACCCCUUGGCUUGCGCCAAUCGUUUGGAACGGCUCUUACAACAUUGAUAUACUGAAUGAACAAUUCCAUCAAAAAGGUGUCCGCAUUGGCCUAACGGUGUUUGCUAUUAAAAAAUACAUAGUCUUUAUAAAAACAUUCAUUGAAACAGCUGAACAAUUCUUUAUGGUGGGGAACAAAGUCAACUACUAUGUGUUCACUGAUCGUCCCACUGAUGUCUCUUUUAUUCCACUCAAAGAGGGGAGACGCUUGGUGGUUCUAGAGGUCCCCAGCUACAAACGAUGGCAGGAAGUCACCAUGAGGCGUAUGGAGAUGAUACGUAACUAUUCUCAACAGUUGUUCAUCAAUGAGGUUGAUUACUUGGUAUGUGUUGAUGUAGACAUGAAAUUUAGUGAUGAAGUUGGAGUGGAAAUCCUAAGUGAUGUGUUUGGAACUUUACACCCUUCAUUCUAUGGAGCAUCACGCGAGCAGUUUACCCAUGAGCGACGACCUCAGUCAGAAGCUUUCAUCCCUGUUGAUGAGGGGGAUUUUUAUUAUGCAGGAGGAUGUUUUGGGGGAACAGUAGAGGAAGUCUAUAAACUGACUAACUUUUGUCACAAUGCUAUGAUGACAGACAAAGGAAAAAAUAUAGAAGCAAUCUGGCAUGAUGAGAGCUAUUUAAACAAGUAUUUCCUUUAUCAUAAACCAACAAAGGUUCUUUCUCCAGAAUAUCUUUGGAACAAUAAUUUUGGUGGUCGAAAUUUCCUGAAGAGGAGAAGGUUUGUUGCUGUUACAAAGAAUAAUGUUGAAAUCCGCAAAAAUUAAAUUAUGGAAACUGUAAAAAACACAUGGGACCAGAAGUCUAUUUCAUGGAUAGGAAGAAUAGCCUUCUAAAACUCUACAGCUCCCCAUUCAUCAGGGAGGACUCACAUCCCCAUCAGUCAUAAAAUAUUAUGAAGGUGCUAUGCUUAUGCAUAUUUCUCAAUGGGGAGUACUCCAAUCCUGUGAUAGAUGGAGAGAAAUUGAACAGGCUUCUUUGCCAUCCAAUAUCCUUCUUAAAGAUGUAAUUUGGACUCCCCUGCAUAGUCGUAGAAAUCUGGGCAUAUAUAAUAUGGUCAUCUUAGAGUGCCUGUCUGUCUGGGAUAAGGUUAGACAUCGCCAACUAAUCGCCCCCACCCCUGCCCCAUCACCUCGGUAGCUGGCUUAUUCACUGGCUUAGCCGAAACUCACACCAAUAUUUGAGCUUGGUUGAAGAUUAGCAAAGUUUCAGAUUUCUGGUCUGUCACGCAAUCAGACGGGUUCAUAGACUUAACACAACUGGACCAGCAUGCAGACAUCCCUCCAUUCCUCCCUUUUGAAAUCCUUAGGGCCAAAAGCUUCCUGAAAAGCUGGGGCUUUCUUUCCUCUUCCUCCCGAUCUUUUUUCCCCUGGGAGUCCAUCUGGCAAGGGGGACGCAGGCUUAUCAGGCCAUUAUCAAUACAUUAUAACCUUCUAGAGGGCACUUCACCGCCUGCUUUAGCUCCACACCUGACUAGAUGGGACAAUCUCCUACACACCAACACCCCCACCGACUCCUGGCAAAAGGCCAUUCUACUGACAAAAAAGACCCUACACUGCAUAACAAUGUUUGAAACUUACUACAAAGUUCUCUCCCACUGGUACCUUGUCCCUACUCGACUGUCUAAAAUGUAUGCAGGAACCUCGCCCCUAUGCUGGAGAGGCUGUGGCUUACAAGGUAGCCUGUUGCACAUUUGGUGGGAAUGCCCCAAUAUCAGACCCCUAUGGGAGAGAGGGAUCCGCACCCUCACUGACUUUGGCAUUAGGAUGCCUGACAGUCCAGCCCUUGCCCUUCUCCAUCUAGGCCUCCACUGCUUCCCCAAACACCAAAGCCUUUUUGGUGUGUACCUACUGUCCUUGAUCAAAACCAAUAUAGCCAGAUCUUGGAAAAAGGAAUUCUCCCCUAAGUUGGAGGACAUUGUAAACACAAUGGCCUAUCUAUAUACCAUGGAAAAGGCCAUAUAUCUUGACCUCAACAAAUCCGACCUAUUUGAAAUGGCCUGGGCUGAUUGGAAAGACAGACAUAACACCCUAUGGCACCCAUCUGCCAUGACACAGGAUACCCGACCUAAUAACUAGUGGUCUGCCCACUUUCCCUUUUCUUAAAAGUCAGUACAGAUAGCUAGAUGGAAUAGCUGUGACGCACCCCUUCCUUUUUUCCCCCUACUCCCCCAAAUAUGUUCCCCCCACUCUUUCCCUUCCCCUUCCUGUUUUAAUUACAUAUAUGUUGAAGUGCUCUAUUGUACAACCAUUGAUUCUCUCAUCACUACAUAGCAUAUCCUAUAUUCCAGCUUCACACAUGUUGAAAACAGCCUGUAUUGAUUUUCAAUGUACAAAGUAUGUUAUGUACUUUAUUGAAUUUUAUCUUUGUGAAGGGGUCCUGCGAGUCCCCAAUAGUUGUAUUAUUUUCCAAAACUAUGAAUAAAAAUAAUAUACAGUAUAAAAAAAAAUUUAAAAAAAAAAUGGAAACUGAAUGGCUUAUUAUGGACUGAAUCUUGAAACAUUUUUAAAAUGUGCCAUGUUCUCUUAAAAUACUCUUCAAAAAAUGUCUGUGACUUACCAUGCUGUGUCUCUUUAUGCAAGUCCAUUUUUGCUGGCCUACACUCUUCUUCCCUUCUCAUGUUGUCAAUAACUCUUCUGUUAGCCUCAGAAUUCUUGUCUCUUUGUGCAAUUCUUGUCUCUUUGUGCAAUCCCAACUUUGGGAGGCUUCCCUCUACAUUUUGUCAAUAAGUCUACUUAGGUUGUCCAAAUCCCCAGUGGCCAUUCUCUUUGGUGAUUUCUCUUUUCUCUCUAUCAUAACAGUAUUACAAUGUAACUGUAAUGUAUGGCAUUUCAUGCCUUGUUAUUGUGUCUCCCCCCCCCCCCCACAAAAAAACCCCACCUAUCCAGAGACUAAUCAUGUACAUCUAACCUCUAUUCUUGAUUUUCCCCUUAGUUUCAGACCUGUGAUCUCUGUUAAUAUUUUUUUUAUUUCUCAUUAUCUCCUUUAUUCUGAAUUACUUGGUCUGAAUAAUCUAUGUUUCACUAGAGGAUAUAUAGGAAAUAAUGACAAAGAACUAUCACCUUAUUAUUUAGUGUUAACUUGGAGAUCCCACCAGCUUAACCUGUCAGUGGUUUCAGCAUCUUCUAUUAUCUGAAUAUUAUCAUUUACCAUUACUAGGGAAAACAUCUAUCAAAAUGUCAACUAGAAAUUUUAUUUUAGGAAAGUGUAUAAAUACGUGACCUUU